GGAGGGACGGCCUCCCAGGCAGGGGGCCGGGCUAACCAUGGCGGAGGGCGGGGAGGAGGAGGAGUUCUGCUUCACACUGCUCUAUAUAAGCGGCCUGUGGCCACAGCUGCGUGCUGAUACUGACCUUCGGAGUAUCGGUCCCUGCGACAUGGCGCCCUCCAGGAAGUUCUUUGUGGGUGGCAACUGGAAGAUGAAUGGGCGGAAGAAUUCUCUGGGGGAACUCAUCAGUACCUUGAACGCUGCCAAGGUGCCGGCCGACACCGAGGUGGUUUGUGCACCCCCCACUGCCUACAUUGACUUUGCCAGGCAAAAGCUGGAUCCCAAGAUUGCUGUGGCUGCACAGAACUGCUACAAAGUGACUAAUGGGGCCUUCACUGGAGAGAUCAGCCCUGGCAUGAUCAAAGACUGUGGAGCCACGUGGGUAGUCCUGGGGCACUCAGAGAGAAGGCAUGUCUUUGGGGAGUCAGAUGAGCUGAUUGGGCAGAAAGUGGCUCAUGCCCUGGCAGAGGGACUGGGAGUGAUCGCCUGCAUUGGGGAGAAGCUAGAUGAGAGAGAAGCUGGCAUCACUGAGAAGGUCGUUUUCGAGCAAACCAAGGUCAUCGCAGAUAAUGUGAAUGACUGGAACAAGAUUGUCUUGGCCUAUGAACCUGUGUGGGCCAUUGGUACUGGCAAGACCGCAACACCUCAACAGGCCCAGGAAGUACACGAGAAGCUCCGGGGAUGGCUUAAGUCCAAUGUCUCUGAUGCAGUAGCUCAGAGCACCCGCAUCAUUUAUGGAGGUUCUGUGACUGGGGCAACCUGCAAAGAGCUGGCAAGCCAGCCUGAUGUAGAUGGCUUCCUUGUGGGUGGUGCCUCCCUCAAGCCUGAAUUUGUGGACAUCAUCAAUGCCAAACAAUAAGAGCCAACCAUCUCCCCUAUUCUGCUAAGCCAAGGGACUAGAUAGCCCGAGUAACUGCUCCCACCCUUCACAUGCUUCUUUCUGAUGGUGUCAUCUGCUCCCUCUUGUGGCCUAAUCCAAACUGGACUUUCUUUUACCGGUUACACCUUCUCCCUAUAAUGGUUGGGACCAGGCCAAUGCCUUCACCACUUUAGAAUGAAACAUGUCACCAAGGUAGCUUGUCCUUGGCUGAGAGGUAGAAAGAGUGGAGCUUGUUCAUGUGUCCCCUGAGGCCCCAGUGAGGUCUGGAGAGCAAAACCACCCUCCUCUUCCCUCUCCUCUCCCACACCAUGAGGCCAAGAUCCCCCCCGAAGAGGCCAGGGAUGCUCCCCUCUCCCAUGGUGUGAUGCCUAUGUGUAGUGUAUGUGAGCCAUCCAACAUGGAAGGGAAAUAAACACCUAGCACUAA